CCGCCAGUGUCGAAUAGCUUCUUCAGGAGUGAACACAAGCUGCAAGCCCGCCUUGGCCUUCUCCUCGCUCGAGCGAUCAGCAAAACGAAGCAAACAACAAACAACAGAACGCGCCGCCAGAACUGCAGCGAGUGUCCUAACACUGCGAAAAGAAAGAUUUUUGGUUUUUGCAAGCUCAUCGUUGUGUAAAACAAAACAAAAGAAAAACAAGAGAGAACGAUAUUACUAGCAAAAAAAGGGCAAAGCUAGGUGACACAGCCCGACACGCCUACAGUGAAGCAUCAAUCGCACCCUCGCACACGGUCCUAAAGAGUUGUCACCCUAACACCGCUAAACACAGAGCGCAUCAGGAUGGUCCUGCGAAGCAAGAACCUCGUACGCUACGUGUUCCAGAAUCAGCACAAGCUGAUCCAGCAGCUGCUGGUGCAGGGUGGCCCGGUGCGAGCAUGCAGCGGGCACGGCGGCACGCAGCAGCAAGCCCAGCUGCGGGUGGAGGAGGACGACAACUUCCCCAAGAUUGCCGAGGUGCCGCCGCUAGCGGCACCGUUCCCGAUGGCGAUCGAGCAUGCGGCCGACGUGGGAGAACAGUUCAAGUAUUCCGAUCUCAGCGUUCGCUUGGCGGCACCGCACCAGCUCAACCCGAAACCGGACGUGGACGACCUGGCGUUCGGCAAGUACUUUACCGACCACAUGCUGAAGGUACCGUACCACCGCCGGCUCGGCGGCUGGCAGAAGCCGGAAAUUACGCCGAUGGAAAACCUUAACCUGCACCCAGCGGCGAAGGUGUUCCACUACGCGAUCGAGCUGUUCGAAGGCAUGAAAGCGUACCGUGGCUACGAUGGCAAGAUUCGCUUGUUCCGACCGGAGAUGAACAUGGCGCGCAUGAACGUUACCGCCUACCGGUCCGGGCUGCCCACGUUCGAGGGCGAGGAGCUGAUCAAGGCGAUGGCCCGGCUGGUCAUGAUCGAUUCCGAAUGGGUGCCGCACACCGAAUCGGCCAGUCUGUACAUCCGCCCGACCCUGAUCGGCAUUGAGCCAACGCUAGGCGUUGCUUCGUCCGAUUCGGCCCUGCUCUACACGAUCCUGUCGCCCGUCGGACCGUACUUCAAGCCGGGCGCUAAGGGGCUGAAGCUGUACGCCGAACCGAAGUACACGCGGGCCUGGCCGGGCGGUGUCGGCGACCGGAAGGUCGGCUCCAACUACGGACCGACGAUCCACGUGCAGCAGGAGGCACUGCGGCACGGUUGCCACCAGGUGCUGUGGCUGUACGGCGACGACCAUCAGCUGACGGAGGUCGGCGUCAUGAACAUCUUCAUGCUGUACAUGAAGGAGAACGGAGAGCGCGAGCUGCUAACACCUCCGCUGAACGGUCUCAUCCUGCCCGGCAUUACGCGCGACUCGAUCAUCCGCCUGUGCCACCAGUGGGGUGAAUUUUCCGUCCGCGAGCAAAAGUUCACCAUGCCCGAGAUCAAGAAGCUGUCCAAGCAGGGACGGCUACUGGAACUGUUCGGCGCAGGUACGGCGGCCGUCAUCAGCCCGAUCGAGCACAUCUCGUACAUGGGCGAGGAGAUCGACGUGCCAACGGAAAGCCACGACAACCCGCUGUAUCGGCGGUUGUACAACACACUGACCGACAUCCAGUACGGUAAGCUGGAUCAUCCGUGGGCCUACGUCAUAGACUGAAGUGGGUGUGCGUGGGUGUCACGUUGAACGAUCCUCCCCGCGGACAAGCAGGACCAUCCAGUAGGUUCAGCAGCAACCCUACGCUGUCCUUCCCAAUUCCAGAACCCCCCUCUCCCCCCACCCCCGCUCUUCCAGGUUUUGGAAGUCCUGCAGCUACAGUCCUACUAUCCUCUCUGUAUAUACUAUAUAUUGUUUCUUAGUACAGUAAGUCAUUGCGCCUCUCUCGGUGCCUCGCUCUCAGAUACGUUUAGCGGACACACACACACAAAUUAGCGCCUUCCUUUACGCCCUGUUGUAACCACCCAAUGCCUUAUGAUCUUCAUCCGGUUCAAGUGUUCUGCUUCUGCAUCCGACACCCUAUCCUUCCGCAUCCGCAUCUCCCGGCCCCGGUUCCAUGCCCUGGCUUUCCAACUCCCAAAUUACUUGUGAUAGAGUCGUGUUUGUGAGCAAGCGAGAGAACGAGAGAGCUCAUUCCUGCUUUGCUAGGAUAGGGUACAAGAGUACGCGAUAGUUAAGUUAAGCGCUCAAAGGUGUACACCGCUCACCCCAGGGUCGUACUAUUCGACUCUCUUCCGAGAGCCGUGUUGUGCCAGCAGGGGGCCGUUCCGUUUGUAGGUUCGAAGUUCUUUGUAACAGUUUCCCCUCUUUUGUACGCGAAUGAACGGAUCGCCCACUUUCCAUUGUUGCCAUCGAACGGAUGCGGACCAGGUCGCGGAAGCACACCUGCACUCCUUUAACCUUUCCUGCCGGAAUCGUGCAUUUACUAGUACUGUAAGGUAGGGUUUGCCUCCAUUUCUUGUGUAUUUAUAAAUCGUAGUGCGUGCGCAUGCAUCGACAAAACGAAAACAAAAAAAAAAAACAAACAAAAAGCAUUCCUGCAAACAGCGUCUAGACGGCCUCGAGGAGCUAGACACGUUCGAAUCAGAGGAUGUGUUGCAAAACAAACGUAUACUGGCACGCGGAUGAUUUUCCUCGUCGCGUUUGAUUCCUCACCACAAUGUCGUGUGGUUGCUCUACUCGCAAUAACACAUUCACGGAAUGGCAGAACGACGGAGAGUGAGAGAAAGUUAACGUUUUGUCUGUCCAUCCAAAUGAAGUAUCCCCUGUACGGCUUCUGUUUCUAAGUAGACUCGGCCACCGCCAAGUGUCCCGGCUCCUUAGGGUCUGUCAGGAUAAUGGUUUUUCUCUUGUGAUAGGGCCUUUCUUAGGUAUUUUUUUUUUAGAUUUUAAGUUUUUUUUUCUGUUCGCUUAGCUGUUUUAGCUACGCGUCUAGGUCGUAGUAAUAAACAGAUUUUAUUUUUCUUGUUUAGAAAAGAAAUUUGUCGUACAAAGGAAGAAAAAAAGUGCAUUUCCCCCUGAAUAGAUUGGCUCUUUUGUACAUAUAGCGAAAAGUAGCCACUAGCUUGCGGAUUGGAAGGGAGGAGAGCAUUAUGUUCUACCUUUCCACGUACGCGGCCCUGUAAGUGGCUCGCCUACAGGAGAAGAGAAGUAAAUGCUCCCUCCCUACUACGGCCAGUACCCCAUACGUACCCUCAAACCAAUUUUGUGGACGAAUGGACGACUGGCGGCUCCAGCGCAAGCAUAAGCCUAUUCCAUAGGAACUCUAGCGUUUAGCGUGUCCUUAGUAUCGAAAGUGUCAUAAGCUACUGAAAUUGUGUUAGCAAAGCAAAACAGAAAACAAUAAAUCAUUGAUUGUGUUUAUACCUUA